AGUAUCGCCAAUCCAUUGCUCUUCUUGUGAGACCCGGAUGUGAAGACUUUAAUUUUAAGACCUGAAUUUUUGAAGCCUGAAUUUGUGAGGUUGAAAAAUAAUGUGUUGAAAUACUACCUGAUGAAUAAUGAAGCUGGUAUUUUAACAACUGAAUAUUUUGGAACCAUAUUUUAGGAAGGUGAAUAUGUGUGCAUUGAAUUUUGAAUGCUGGAAUUUUGUUUUCAUUCAAAAUAUACAAACCCAAUGAACUGCAGAGGAAACUAAUUCAAGCAUUGAUAUUGCUGUGGUUUUUUUUUUUCUUUCAAUUUGUCAAAUUGCUGGGCAGAAAAAUUCAAGUAUUUUUAUUGCGAUAUGUUUUUAUUCAAUUUAUGUAAUUCAACAUGCCAUUUUGCCUUCAGGACAUUUGGCACUAUUAUACUUUCAUACAGCUCUAAUACUCAGUUAAACGCCAAGGAGAAAAAUGAGUUUUAAAACUAGAUUUAAAAGCAGAAAGUGUCUCGGCCUGCCUAACAUGUAAAGGCAAAUUAUUCCAAAGUUUUGGGGCUGCAACUGCAAAAGCACGGUCACCCCUACUUUUCAGCCUUGCUCGAUGGACGACCAAAAAUAACUGCUCAGAGGACCUUAGAGCUCUUGAUGGAGCAUGUGGUUGUAUUAAAUCAGACAAAUAUCUUGGGGCUAGUCCAUUUAAUGAUUUAAAUACUAAAACUAAAAUCUUAAAAUCAAUUCUAAAAUGAAAAGGAAGCCAGUGAAGGGAGGCCAAUAUUGCUGUAAUAUGUUCUCACUUGCGGGUUCCUUUUAACAGAAUAGCAGCAGCAUUCUGUACCAUCUGCAAAUGUGUUUGGGAGCCUUGGCUAAUACCUACAUAAAGCCCAUGGCAGUAGUCAAGCCAGGAAGUAAAACAGAUCUGUGGACGUGGAGAAAGUAAAUACUUUGCAGAAGGCUUAAUCACUUCAGAGAGCAUCGUGUACUGACAGAAUCUGAAUGAUGGCACAGUGUCGGUUUGAUUCAUACCACUUAAUAAUAUUUCUCCUAAUGGUGGCAACAACAGAAUGCGAAAAUUGUGACAUUUUGGACAGCAUUGAGACAGUGCUGAAUUCAAUAGUUACAGUUACAUGCCCUUUAACACCAUGGCCUGAAGUCACACAGGUCAUUUGGGAAGUUCUUCAAGGUGAAAAAGCGGAAAGAGUUGGUUCUGUAACCAACUGUUCAUCUUCCUGCACCACAGAAGCCAAUAACAACAGAGCCCAGCGACCUCUAUGUAAAGUGAGAGCAGUGCAGGAUUUACAAAAAGGAACUGGAUCACUGAUCAUUAGUCCUGUGGAGAUCACAGAUGCAGUUUGGUAUCGAUGUACAGUGCAAAACAGAACCAGAUCUUACUGUUCUCAAGUAAAGAUUGGUGUCAAAGAUGAGCCUCAACUUCAGACUCCGAUUCAAGAAUGCAAAAGCCUUGACCCAGUUGAAGUAGUACAGAACUCAACAUUGAUGCUUCAGUGCCCUGUGCCCAGAUCGCAUCUUGGUGCCCAACAGUUAAUCUGGGGGACUGUUGAAGUAGAUGUGACUGUUCCUAUAACUCGCUGCCCUUCACAUUGCACCUCCAGUGGAGCCCAGAAACCACUGUGUGAGAGAGCAAAAACAAUGGAGAAUGGGUCACUGACUAUUAGUCAUGUGGAGUCUACAGAUUCUCAGUGGUUCUGGUGUGCACUUGCAGUGAAUUCCACAUUGUGUUAUAAAUUUAAGCUUACUGCCAAAGAUAAUGCCUCUCCUAAUCUGAUAAUAAAAGCUGAAGGUGAUUCAUAUGCGACACAAAGCCCACAGGAGCAAACAAAUAGCAGCAAUGGCACUGUAGCCAGUUCUAAUGCCACAGUGAUGAUAACCUCAGCAACCUCUACUUUUCUCCUUGUGGCCAUGCUGGUUGGAGUGUACAUCUGUUUCAGAAAACAGAAAAAGAAAAGCACACACAAAGUUGAACUUGAGAAUCCAUAUGAAGAUUUUGAAGAAAUUGUACACAAUGAUAUUUUCCAAUAUUCUUCAGUCCAGUUUCAACCUGCAAGCUCAUAUACCUUUAACAAAUGAGAAGAGCCAUUCAGACGUCUCAAAAUCCCAUUCUGUUCCCUAAACACGGCCAUGUCUGUUCAAGACUUUUUUUUGCUGCUGAUGUAAUUAUCUUUUUUC